UUAGAACCGAGCAGUCGCCAUGCGAGCGCACGUACUUACAGUGGCCCAGUGUCAUAGUGUCCUAGUGUGAAGUGAAAAAACCAAGGAAUAUGGCCCAAGAAAGUGAAAUACGAAAAUAGAAAUAGAAAUUGCCGGAGUGCAAGCACACAAGCGAUUACAUAAAGCCCAGCUAUCAUCCCGAACAUCCGACAACUGCAGCCAGCGGAGAAUACAAAAAAAAAACUGAUGGCCGUAGCUUAAAGGAAACCUACGCAUCGCAUCGCAAAAUGUAAAGCAAUAAUCAGCACAACAAAGCCAAAGCUCACAAUAGAAGUAGACGAGGCGGAGGAACUGAGCUGGGGCGAUGCCAAAUGCCAUUAUUGGAAACGGUCGUAGUCAUAAGAUUUGCAUAGUAUAGCAAUAGCAGAAGACAUCAUGAAAGCCCCCAGCGUGAUAAGCACAGCAACAAAAGCAACAGCAAUAGUAGAUACUAGGCACAACAUGGUUAACAAAGGGAACGGUGACAAUAUUAUCGGUAAACUGAGCGAUCCGCUCGCUUGAAAAGUGAGAUAGACAUAUGACUAGUGUUCGAAAGUCGAGUGAGAAGCCUGGCAAGAGAGAGCGCGACCGCGGCAUGCAGCUGCCCUAAGGACCUCGCCCAGGACGACGACGACGACGAGGCUAAGGACCAAGAAGCAACCGCAACCAGAGACAGCAGCACCCAACAAAACGACGACAAUCAGUCAAGAUGAGUGAUGAUCAAGCGACGUCCAACGAUGAGAAAGCCGUCGCCAAGCACCAGGUUGUCGCGUACACGCAGAGGUCGCAGGUCAAGCACGAGAACCGGCACAUCCAGCUGGUGCGGGAGUACGGCUUCCACCCGCGCACCAAGGCCUCCGUGGAGGACGGCGACGUGCUGCCCCGCAAGUUCGAGCCCUUUCCGGAGCACAUGUACGGAAAGCCGCUGGAGGAGAUUGACACCUUCAUUUACGAGGAGACCUUCUGUGUGGUAUCCAAGCGGUUCCGGAAGAACUACAUCCAUCGCUUUACGGGCACCAAGAGCCUCUUCCUCUUCUACCCAUGGAGCCCAGCAAGGCGCGUUUGCGUCUACAUCGCCACCAACCAGUUCUUCGACUACUGCGUCAUGGCCACCAUCCUGUUCAACUGCAUCUUCCUGGCCAUGACGGAGACCGUGGAGGAGGCGGAGUACAUCUUUCUGGCCAUAUACUCCAUUGAAAUGGUCAUCAAGAUUAUUGCCAAGGGAUUUCUGCUCAACAAGUACACGUAUCUGCGCAACCCGUGGAACUGGCUGGACUUCGUGGUCAUUACCAGUGGCUACGCCACCAUCGGCAUGGAGGUGGGCAACCUGGCGGGGCUGCGCACUUUCCGCGUGCUGCGCGCCCUCAAGACGGUGUCCAUCAUGCCCGGAUUGAAGACGAUCAUCAACGCGUUGCUGCACUCCUUCCGCCAGCUGGCGGAGGUCAUGACUCUGACCAUCUUCUGUCUGAUGGUCUUCGCGCUCUUUGCCCUCCAGGUCUACAUGGGCGAGCUGCGCAAUAAGUGCGUGCGCCAGGUUCCCACCGACUGGACGAACGUCUCUCACACAGACUGGCAGAUCUGGGUCAACGACACCGACAACUGGCUGUAUGACGAGGAUGAGCUGCCCGUGCUGUGUGGUAACUUAACUGGAGCCCGCCACUGUCCCUUCGAGUACGUGUGCCUCUGCGUAGGCGAGAAUCCCAAUCACGGCUACACCAACUUUGACAACUUUAUGUGGUCCAUGCUGACGACUUUCCAGCUGAUCACGCUUGACUACUGGGAAAAUGUGUACAACAUGGUGCUGGCAACCUGCGGUCCUAUGAGCGUCUCCUUCUUUACGGUGGUGGUUUUCUUUGGCUCGUUCUAUCUAAUCAAUCUGAUGCUGGCUGUAGUGGCGUUAAGUUACGAGGAGGAAGCUGAGAUCACGAACGAGGAACGCAAGAAGGAUCUCUUGGACCACCGGGACGACUCGACUUUUAGCUUCGAUCCCUCGGUGCUUAACGUAAAAAAACUAAACAAGAACAACAAAAAGAAGAUCGACUCACGGAAGGGAGUGCUCUUGGCAUCGUACAGCAAGAAAAAAACGAGACGAAAAAAAACCAAAGGCGGGAAGGAAGGUGGCACCAACGGCAAUGGGAACGGCAGCAACGGGGACGACCAUAAAUCCCAUUCGGCCACCCCCAGUCCUGGACCAAGUCCCCGCCACAGCGCAACCGAAUGCCCGACUGCACUUACUAUGCAAGCUCAAAAACAAUACCAGCAGAUGGAGCAGCACAAGCUGGCCAAAUCAAGCAGUGGUGGCAGCAACUGUGCAAUGGCCUCCACGCCCAAGGGGCGCAUCAGCUUCCAGGACACCGGAAUGAGCGUAAAGAACCCUAAUAUGCUUUACCCCUCGGACUACAAAGGGCAGCUCAUCGCCAGCAGUCGUCAGCCGAGCUCCAACUCAAGCGGCGUAAAUCGCGAGUCUUCGCAGGACGACUCUGGGGUAGUGGACGAUCACGAGGAACAAGAUACGAACAAUGAUUUGGGGCACGUGUCCACCGUUGAGCUGGCCCUCUCCCCACGCGAGGUACGCAUUAUUAAAUGCAAUGGAAACAUUGCACGCAUCAAGAACCACAAUGUGUACGCCCUGCACCAGGAAUUCUCUUCGGAGGUCGUGGUGAUCGAUGACCUACCCGACCGAAACUGUGAUCGUUGCGUUCAUUGGUGCACCGAUUACGAAAGCUGGCUACAGUUUCAAAACUGCCUAUACAAAGUGGUGAGGGAUCCUCUUUUCGAGCUGGCCAUCACACUUUGCAUCGUGUUGAACACCGCCUUUUUGGCCAUGGAACACCACGGGAUGAGUGAAACAUUUCGCAACGCACUGGAUGUGGGAAACAAAGUCUUUACGUCCAUUUUCACGUUUGAGUGCAUUGUCAAGCUAAUGGCUCUGUCUAAAGAUUUUUUUCUGUGCGGAUGGAACAUUUUCGACCUCCUUAUCGUUACUGCGAGCCUGCUGGAUAUAAUAUUCGAGUUGGUCGAUGGCUUGAGUGUCUUGCGUGGCUUGCGAUUGCUAAGGGUAUUAAAAUUGGCUCAAUCGUGGACUACAAUGAAGGUGCUGCUUAGCAUUAUAAUCUCGACGAUCGGCGCCCUUGGCAACCUCACGCUCAUUUUAGUCAUAGUCAUCUACAUAUUCGCUGUCAUCGGCAUGCAGUUGUUCUCCAAAGACUAUACGCCCGAGAAAUUCGAUCCAGAUCCUGUGCCAAGAUGGAAUUUCAAUGACUUCUUUCACUCGUUUAUGAUGAUCUUUCGCAUUCUGUGCGGCGAAUGGAUCGAGCCUCUCUGGGAUUGCAUGCGAGCCGAAGAGGAGCAAGGAGCCUCCACAUGCUUUGCCAUAUUUCUGCCGACGCUCGUGAUGGGAAACUUCAUGGUGCUUAACUUGUUCUUGGCCUUGUUGCUCAACAGUUUUAACUCCGAGGAGCUCAAGUCGAAAAAAGAGGAAGUGGGCGAGGAGUCCAAGUUGGCAAGGAGCAUCGAACGAGUGCGCGACCUGAUUCGCAAGAAGCGGCAAGAGCGCAAGGAUCGCAAGGAGCGAAAGUUUGCGGAGAAGUUUCAGCAGAUCGUACUGGAUGCCCAGCAGGCGCAUGCUCAGACUCACUCCCACCAGGCUACAGUCGGUUUGGAGAGAGGCGACAAGCCCGGUGCGCUGGCGGAAACCAAGUUUCAUAGAUUAAGCUAUCAGGAAUCUAUGAACCGCCCAGUUUCUGGCUCCGAUUUUGGUUUCCAGAUUCCCCUGCACGACGGGUUGCAUACGAUAGUCGAUGGCCUAGAGUAUGAUGACACGGAAGACUUGCCAGAGCAGAUCCAGCUGCAAGCGCAUCCACUGCCACCCACUUCGGACUCGAUGCCUCCUACCUAUGAGAGUGCAAUGAUGGCCGCCGCUGCAGGCUCAUUUUCCUCUGUCAAUGGAAACGGAAACAGUCAAAAUCUUACGCCAUUCGUACAAGCCGAGCGCCGGCUGCAGCACCAAAUCUCUUCGGGAGUGAGCACCCAGCAGAACGAUUCACGCGAGGAGGCUACCUACACAGAAUCAAUCGAGCUGCGUCUGCUGGGCCAGUACAACUCAACGGAUACGGACCCGUACGCUAACGACCAACGGAGCGGCUGCGGUUCCUUCAACCGAGGCGACUCACUGCAGGACAACUCCUCGCGGCGGUACGGAAGCGAAGAGCACGACGAGGCCUAUCUCAAGUACCAGAAAUCGCUGCUGACGCGAUCGCCAAGCUACCGAAAGUCACUGGAUCGCCUAUCCCAAUCUAGUGGGCAGUCUCAGCGCUCAUUGCUCAAGUCGGAAGAGGCUGAGAUGCGUCGGCAUUCUAGCGGCCAGUCCCUGAACUCCAUAUCUAUCGAACAGGAUGAACUGCUGUCUCAGCAGGGCAAUUUGCGAGAGGAACUGCUCAAUUGCGACCAAAAGGAACUAUUUCAGUUCCUGCAGGAGGAAGAGGAACUGCAUAAGGGGACCAACCUGAACCGCAUCUCAAAUGUAAUGAGAUCCCGACGACCCUCUAGUCAGAUGGGACAGCCAGAUAGCGAAGCAUUGGUGGAGCACUCUGAGUUUGACAACAUUAUUCAGAGUUUUGAGAAAGAACUAGAAGAGAUCAAGCGAUCCACCACAUCGUUGGAGCGCAAACUUUCCAACCUCUCAGAGCCCUCUCCGGCAGCCGAUGAAGCCACUAAAGCCAUUAUGGAGCACAUUGCUAUCAUUACAGGCGCCUCCGAGCGCUCGGCCGCCGACGAGGUAGUGCUCCCCCUGAACCCAUACGACAGUUAUGAUCUGUCCAGCGUACCACGACGUUCGCAAUCCGUCAGCGCAGCCGCUCAGCGCCAGUCCGUAAAACUAAAGCGACGCAGCCUAGAGAAACAGCGCAAGAUCGAUGAGGACUUUAGCAUCUCAAAUGAGAUACGCAAAAUCUGUGAUCAAAUCCACGCCCCCUUCGUGGCCAUGGAAGCAAUGGCAGUCGCCGCCACCAGCGCCAGCCAGGCGACCCAACCUAAUCAAUCACCCUUUCUCAGGCGAAAGGUCGAUCCGUUCACAGUGCAGUUCGACCGCUUCAAGCGCCUCUCCCUUAUAGAGCGCGUGGAGGAAGUACCCGAGGAGGAGAAGCCUAUCUCGACGCUACGCAUUGAGUCGGAGAAGAUGCCGCGCAAGUUUCUGCACGGUCACGACCAGCUGCGUCUAGACAGCCUCUCUCUGAAGAGCACGAACUCGUACGAAAACCUCCUGAUCCAGAAACAGAAGAUGGGCAUGACCGCGCCUACCGCCGUUCCUGCUACUCCGCCUACCUCCUUGAAAUCGAGCAUCGAGCCACCGACACUGGCGCAAAUUUCAUCGCUUAAAACCACCCCGCCGCUGGCUGCUCUUACCGAGCAUCAGCAGCACUUUCAUGCCACAAGCAUUCAAGCAGCACCCACUCAUGCUCACGCCCACGCCCAUGCCCAUGCCCACUCUCAGGCACAUGCUCACUCAAUGGCUGGGCAGCGGCGACGCCAGGAGCAUCCACAAUCGACGCUAGACAAAGCCGCAUCCUUCCAGUCCGCGCGCACCGAGUCGCACAGCUCGGGAGCGGCAGACACGAGCUCAGCCCUGGCUCUGGCCAUGGCCCAAAAGACUGAGCAGUCGCAGUCGACGGCGCCAGAGGCCACCCAGAAGCCGUCUGCAUUUACGCGACUGACCGAAAAACCAUGGCAUUGUUUGGUUUCCUACGUAGACGAUCUCACUGUCGGUGGGAGACGUAACUCGCAGGGAGCUUACAAUGAUCCCAUGACUUUUCCGAGCUACGGGGCCACAAAGCCAGCCAAGGUGCCUGACGACUGUUUCCCCCAGAAGUGUUACGAUCAUUUCUACUUUCGCUGCCCCUGGUUCAUGAGCUGCAUGGACACGCAGAGCGCCAAGCACUGGACGCGCGUGAGGACGGCUGUCUUGACGGUUGUCGAUACUCCGGCCUUUGAGUGGUUUGUGUUGGUGCUGAUCUUUGCGUCAAGUAUCACGCUCUGCUUCGAGGACAUUAACCUGGACAAGAACAAAACGCUAAAAAGAGUGCUAUACUGGAUUAACUUCUCCUUCUGUCUGAUAUUCGUCGUGGAAAUGAUUCUCAAGUGGCUGGCCCUGGGAUUUUCCAAGUACUUUACCAGCUUCUGGACCAUACUUGAUUUCAUCAUAGUGUUUGUAUCAGUUUUCUCGCUGCUUAUUGAAGAGAAUGAGAAUCUGAAGGUCCUAAGAUCGCUGCGCACUUUACGAGCUUUGCGUCCGCUGAGAGCCAUCUCUCGGUGGCAAGGAAUGCGGAUUGUAGUAAACGCUCUCAUGUAUGCAAUACCAUCAAUUUUCAAUGUACUUUUGGUUUGUUUGGUUUUUUGGUUGAUCUUCUCAAUAAUGGGUGUUCAGUUCUUUGGUGGUAAAUUUUUUAAGUGCGUUAAUGAGAUGGGCGAGCUACUGCCGAUUACUGAGGUGAACGACAAGUGGGACUGCAUCGAACAGAACUACACGUGGAUUAACUCUAAGAUUACUUUCGACCACGUGGGAAUGGGCUAUCUGGCCCUGCUGCAAGUGGCGACCUUCGAGGGCUGGAUGGAGGUAAUGGCCGACGCGGUAGAUGCUCGUGGAGUGGAUCUGCAACCGCAGCGGGAAGCCAACCUAUAUGCGUAUAUUUAUUUUGUUAUAUUUAUUGUGUGCGGAUCGUUCUUUACACUGAAUCUGUUCAUUGGAGUUAUUAUUGAUAACUUUAACAUGCUCAAGAAGAAGUAUGAAGGAGGAGUGUUGGAAAUGUUUCUCACCGAAUCUCAAAAACACUAUUACACGGCUAUGAAAAAAUUGGGACGAAAGAAACCACAGAAAGUUAUUAAGCGACCUAUAAAUCAUUUUUUAGCUAUGUUUUAUGAUUUAUCCAAUUCGAGAAGGUUCGAGAUCGCGAUCUUUGUACUGAUUUUCCUAAAUAUGCUUACAAUGGGCAUCGAGCACUACGAUCAGCCGCAUGCAGUCUUCUUCAUUCUGGAAGUGAGCAACGCCUUUUUUACCACGGUAUUUGGUCUAGAAGCCAUUGUGAAGAUAGUCGGUCUGCGCUACCACUACUUCACAGUGCCAUGGAACGUGUUCGACUUCCUUCUGGUGCUGGCCUCCAUCUUCGGAAUUCUGAUGGAAGACAUCAUGAUAGACCUGCCCAUUAGCCCGACGUUACUUCGGGUGGUCCGCGUCUUCCGCAUUGGGCGUAUCUUGAGGUUAAUCAAGGCCGCCAAGGGGAUCAGGAAGUUGCUAUUCGCUCUCGUAGUGUCCCUGCCCGCCCUCUUUAACAUCGGGGCUCUGCUAGGCCUUAUCACCUUUAUCUACGCCAUUCUGGGCAUGUCGCUGUUCGGACAUGUCAAGCUCCAGGGUGCCCUCGAUGACAUGGUAAACUUCCAGACUUUCGGCCGCAGCAUGCAGUUGCUGUUCCGGCUGAUGACAUCAGCCGGGUGGAACGACGUCCUUGAGUCCCUGAUGAUACAGCCGCCCGACUGCGACCCAUUUAUCCAUGGACAGACGAACGGCAACUGCGGACACCCGCUACUAGCCAUUACCUACUUUACGAGCUUCAUCAUCAUCAGCUAUAUGAUAGUGAUCAACAUGUACAUUGCCAUCAUCCUGGAAAACUUCAAUCAGGCGCACCAGGAAGAGGAGAUCGGCAUCGUCGAGGACGAUCUGGAAAUGUUUUACAUUCGCUGGUCAAAAUACGAUCCACAUGCCACCCAAUUUAUACACUUCUCGCAACUGUCCGAUUUUAUUGCCUCUCUCGAUCCACCAUUGGGCAUCUCGAAGCCCAAUAAUGUCGCUUUAGUGUCAUUUAAUCUGCCCAUUUCUAAGGGUAAUAAAAUACACUGUCUCGACAUUUUGCACGCGCUCGUUAAGCACGUGCUAGGUCAUGUCGAGGAGACCGAUAACUUCAAACAGUUGCAGGAACAAAUGGAUGUCAAGUUCAAGAAACAGUUUCCAACGCGCAAAGAAUUGGAAAUUGUUUCGUCGACGCGGAUCUGGAAGCGCCAGGAAAAGGCGGCCAAGACCAUUCAAACGGGCUGGAAGGAAUAUUUGCGGCGCAAGCGGGAAAAGGAACGCUCCAAUUCUGGGGACAGCGCCACUCAAACCUCCAGCCCUGGCGGAUGGCAAUCGAAACUUUCUGCCCUAAACUUCUUCCAUCUUCAGGUGAGUCGUCGAGGCACCGCCUGCUCCAGUCGAGCCUCGUCUCGGAAAUCGUCGCGUGCCUCGGAUGCAUCCGAUCUCAGCGAACUAGCUGGACCCUGGUUGAACCUGCCUCUGAUGCUCGUCUCAGGUGCCGACGAAGUAGUCAAGGAUAUCAAACUGCAAAACGACGAGCUGGGCAAACGCGGUAGCAUUUUUGUGGAAGCGCCUAGAGCAAGUCGUCGCCGAAGCUUUUAUAAUUUCUUUUUGCGUCAUCAGGAUGCUGUCGAUGACAGCUUAACCUCACCUUCAGUACAUAGAAAAACCGCAAUGAACAACACCACCAACACCACCUCAACCUCCGCCUCCACCUCCGGCACGGCCUCCUCCACCGCCACCGCCCCAGCCACUGGGUGUGGCCCAGCAGCCACCUCCGCCUCCGACAGCGACCGACACCAGGCGGUGGGGGGAGGGUCGGCUCCUUCACGUAAGCGCGCCUCUAGUUUCAUUCGCAAGAAACCGCCCCUAGAAAGAGGUUUGUCAGCACAAAGCGCUUUAAGAGUAAACAAGAACGCUUUUGUCUCUGAGGCGCCAGCCCCCGAGGUGAUCGUCACCAGGCCGUCGCCGGAGCAGCAGACGCAUCCGCACUCGCUGAGCCUGCGUCCGGACAACGCAACCCUGGUCCACGUACUGGUACACCGCGAGAGCGAGGAGUACAAGGAGGAGGAUGAGGGCAGCCCGUCCUCGCCCGGCAACGGAAAUGGUUUUGGCAUUGGCCUGGACAUGCUUGGCAAGCAGCCGCCGCCGCAGAUACGCAUCACAACGGGUUCGGUAGAGAGCUCAAUGGACACUUGCGCGAUGCCCACAGUGCAGAUAAUGGUGGACAGUCCGAAGGACCCGCCACGCGGCGAUUUCAGCUCAGCACCCAUUGAUGAUGUGGGUGCGCCAAUCGAUGUGAAUGUCCAGGGCGAUACCUCGCAGGUGUUUUACGACUACAAUCCUGAGGGGGCCACCGAUGGCCAAGUGAGUGGACAGGAGGAGACAGCGCAGUGCGAAUCACUUCCAGACAGACAGAGAUGACCUCCGGUCAACACUCCCCUGCGGGACUCGGAGAAACGCUCCAGCCGUGGCAGCCGCAGUAGUAGCAGCACCACCAGCAGCAUCAGGAGUUGCUCCUCCUCCUCGUCGUCGUCGGCGGCAUCGGCAGCCGCACCCUCGGCACGGCGUACAAGCUGACAACCUUCGGUCUGAGUGCGUAUUCUUUGCCGAUUCCUGUGUGCAUUUGUGUCAGAACUCGUAGUUUCUUAGGCUUAGGCAUGGGGCCCGCCCCUUUGUUAUCAUAGUCGAUUACCUAUAUAGUUAUAUAUUAAUCGCUUUAUACGAUAUACAUACAUAUAUACACAUAUACAGAUACGAAACUAUUCAGAUUUAUACAUGCAAUAUCAGUUUAAGGAGGAAAUCAAUAUUAACUAUGUUAACAAGAACGUGCAUUAAACCGUUGUAGUACUCGUAACUAAUCAAAAGUCCGAACUCUGAAGUCGAAACUCGAAAGUCGGAAGUCGGAAUCGCCAUCAUCAUGGUUAAUGUCACAAUCAGAAUUGAGGAAGAGCAAAUUCGUCGGUAGUUUACUGCCCGAUUUAGUUGUAGUCAGAAUGCCUGACCCACAAGUGAGACAAUGAAGGCAAGGUGUUGCGCACGGCCUUCUACUCUCCUGCCGUGGGCCAACUUUCUGCCACAUUUUCGAAGGUUGUUUUUGAACUAUACAAUACGUAGAGGUUUGCAUCACAUGCAUACAUUACAUGUGUAACCAACUAUCGCGGUUAGAUCUAGGCUCAUAACUGUAGUGUUUGUUUUCGUAAUUAUCGACCUGCAUAUACGGAAGGUAUAUGUGAAUAGUAUCUAAAUACAUUUUGUACAUAUGCCAAAGGAAGUAUUUUAAAUUAAAGAGCUAAUACUAUAGUUACAGACAUAUGACGUUAGUUAGAUACAAUUUAUUGAAAUAUUUAUAAAGGUUUUUCGUUACGAUAGCGCAAAAUUGCCGAUUACAAAUGCGAUUACGAUAGCGAAUAUUAUCCAUUACCGAUUGUUCGAAGUACAAAAGCGAAGUAUUAGUAGAUUUGAUUAUUAUUAUAUUGUAUUGUACAUAUCUUUUGGCUCCUUCCCCAUCCACAUCGCCCUUUCUCCUGUACAUCUCUUGUACAGCGGUAAUGACAAAGACAUUGGUAUAUGAAGACGAUUAGAGAUUAUAUUGGUCCUUGGUAACCACUAAGCCAAAAACAAUGUCAAGUGAUUUUGUACUCAACGCACUCACAUAUACAUAUAAAUCAAUCCUAAUCCCAGUCGGGAUUUCCCCACUACACUGCACUCUUAUCGAGACCCGAAUGAACCGAAAUCAAUCAGCAGUCCACAUAAGUACCAUGACAGGUCAGAAGAAGUUUACGAAGGUGACGUUUUUUAGUUUAUUUUCGAUAAGUGCAGUCGAAGGAAGCAAAUCAAAAGCAGGACGCAACAAUUUUGGUCUCCUAUACAAUGAACAACCAACAAGCUUCCACAAGAACUCUAUUUUAGCAAAAUAAUUUACAAUCUACACUCACUUUAUUGUACGACUAAGAAUGGUUAGGUCGGGCCAAGUUUCCAAGAAACUCGCCUUGUUUUGUUACUUUUUAAGUGUUGUUCUCUCUUUUAAGUCUCCAUUGUGAUCGCAUUAAGUUUAAACAGUUUAGACAUCGAACAGGAACAAGAGUUAAGAAGUGAAUAACGUACACUCCGAGUGGGAAAUAUUAACAAAUAACAAAUCCCGAAUUACUUAUGCACCCCCGCGCCAUUCAGGGCACUUUGCUACUCUUACUCUACUCUACUUUCAUAACUUAACAACAGACAAUCAGACAGCGAUUGAUAGUAAGUUGAAAUUCUAUGGUACCAACUAAAACGUUUUUUCCAGAAACAAACAACCAAAUGAACACACAACAACUUAAUUGUGAUUUUAACUGCAAUUUUUACACAGAAAAUACGAAAAAUAAGGUCAUAAUUUUAAUUAGAAUUGUUAACAAGGAAACAAAACCAAACCAAAACCAAAACCAAAAACAGACAGAAACCAAACACUCGUCAAUUAAGUGAUAUUUAAUAUUGGUACGUACUCGUAUUCGAUUGUACAUAAACGAAAAACGAUUAUGAUAAUGGUAACGAAAUAGCAAUAGAACCUCAUCCAACCAGGAAAAAAACUAAAAACUCAAAAAAAACAAAACAAAAGAAGAGAAAUGCUUUUAUUUUAGUUUUCCUCAACAAAAAUCGAUUAACCAGAUUACAGAGCGAGGCGAGACCAGUCGGAUCGAUGCUAUGAUGUGGGAAGUGGGAUGUGGAAAGUUUAAUUUAGUCAUAGAGUAUAACGACAAUAAAAAGAAUGAUGCAUAUUCAAUUAGAGAGACGCAAGUUCGAGUCAUCGUUACCGAAACCAAUACUCAAGAUAACAACAGGCAGACAGGCAAACUCACACACAAUCUGGGAAUACAAGGACAAACUUAACUCUUAGAUAUUAUUAUGGAAUCGCGAAUCGUACUCGUAAUCGCAGUAGACGAGGCUUUGGUCCCACUCAAGACACUCAACAGCAAUACGAAGCCAGCGAACCUGAAUUGGAGGCGAAGACAGAAGAAGACAGAACCGAAUCCUAUGCAUUUAGAGCUCACGCAACACAGACAAGACAUAAGGACGAACUCCCGGACCUGGGAGAGGUAGGUGGAUGCAGGAUGCAAGUCACACGAAGUACACAAAUAUAUACCUAUAGUUAGCAAUACGGCUGGUUUAAUUAGGCAUGCCUUACAGAAUACACGAUUUUAUUUAUAUAUAUAUAUAUAUAUAUAUUGUUGAGCUCAAAGUACGAGUAUAUACGAACGAUAGCAGUUAAUGUUUCAUCGGCCACGCUACCAGCAGCAAAGUAAGACGAAUAAUACCACUUAAACUGAAUAACAAGUCGUACGAUUGUCCAAACGCUCCGAGAACUAAGUCAAUUAUUUUGAUUUGCCGCUUUAAAGGUCCUAGUCCUAGUCCUAGUCCUCUAACAAUAACAGCAGCAGAUCAGCAGCUAGUCAACAGCGUAAUCAAGUCGAGUAACCAAACUAAGCCCUAGUAGUAAUUUGUAUUCUAGCUUAGCUUAAUCAACGCCUGCGCUUCACUCACUCCAUAAACAACGGCCUCAAGCUUUUUAUCCGUUGCUGUCGGAAAUCAUAAAUAGAAAAUAAUUAGGCUGAAAAUUGUUAACAAAUUAUGACCGCACAGUUUGCAUCAAUUUCCAGUCGGUUUUCCAUUGCCAUUGAUUGCCUCGUUAGCUCUUUACGCCCGUGUAAUUCGAUUUGGUCCGCUACGCUCAGUUCAGCUCUGACUUAAAUAAACGAUAAAGAUUAUGAUAGACAAGGAAGACAAAAAG